UGAACGCAGAUAGCCAGAUACUCACAUUUAUCAGAACCCGUCCUGAGCUGGGUUCUGAAUUAUCUUUUUAGUUAAUUUCUCUAUCUUUAUCGGUAAAAAAAACAAAACAAAUAUAUUUUUUAUUGGGUUAAUUUCAUUUGUUGAUCUUUAAAUAAAUACAAUUAAAAAAGUUGAUUGUCUUUAAUGCUUUUAUUAUCAUUAAUGACAUUCCCUUAACUUAAAAGCCGUUAAUUACAUUCUUCUUAUUUGUUUUAUUCUUCUUGGGUUUUGUUUAGUGAGAUCUUCAGUAAAUUUGGAUUUAAGUCCGGGUUUCAUUUUUGUUCUUUUGGUUUUUCUUUUUGAAGAAUCAAAUUGUAUGAAUUUCUGAGUAAGCUUUGGUUUCUUCCGUAAAAAGACAUUACCUAUUUGUUGUGGCGUAAGCGUUAACAGGAUUUAGGGUUUUUGCGAUCAAUUUACGCCCUCUCAGAUAAAAAAAAGAAGAGGCAAGUUUGAUUGUUCUUGCAAAUCAAUGGGUGAAACAACUUCUUCUUCUUCUUCUUCUAGUAUGGAUAGAAGUGAUGUUGCAUCUAUGAAAGAAGCGCUUAAGACGCAACAGAAGCUUUUACAAAAGCUUUAUGCGGAGUUAGAGGAAGAAAGAGAAGCAUCGGCUACAGCAGCUAGUGAAGCUUUAUCCAUGAUUCUGCGUAUACAAGAAGAAAAGGCAGCUGAGAAAAUGGAAGCUACCCAGUACAAGAGAAUGACAGAGGAGAAAAUGCAGCACGUUGAGAGAUCGUUAUUGUUAGUCAAAGAGCUCAUGUAUCAGAAAGAUAUCGAAAUUGCUUCUCUUGAGUUUCAGGUACAAGCUUAUAGAUACAAAAUGUUGAGCAUGGGGUUAAGUGAUUUGGUUAUAUCUGAAAUGAGAUUCGGUGAUAAUCGAUAUGGGGACUCGGGUGUCAUCAAUGGGAAUAUAAGAAGGAACCAAUCUCUUCCUGUAACUCCAUUCAACAAUUCCAGUUCGGACAAGGUUACUGUCGAAAUUGAUGGGCAUGUGUAUCCAGUGGCAGAAUUGUUUCCGAAGAAAAUUGAGGAUGAACCACACAGAGAAGUUGAUGUCCGAGGUGAAGAGAUUAACACUUACUGGGAACAGAUAAAACAUUUAGAUGAAAGAGUUGAGGAAUUGUCACACAACAACGAAUUUGAUAGAGGUAUAUCUUCUUCUUCUUCUGCUCAGGGUUUUCACUCUGCUUUCGCAGCUUACUCUGCAAAUCUGAAGAUUAGAUCUAGGUCUUGCUCGGUUGAAUCAGAAAUGAAUAGAGAUUUCAACAGUGAACCCAUUAUAGAACCUAUAGGUACUAAUUUGGACUCUGAAGUUGCCAUUUCUCGUUCAACCUAUCAUGUGGAAGAUCCUGCAAAUAAUCUAGAGUUUGCACCCAGUGUUAAUAGUCGUGGAAUCAAAGACAAGCGAAAUCCACCUGAUUCCUUUGGUGUCUAUGAUGUAUUUGAAGUCCCACAAAAUAUUGGAAUUCCAAAAAUUCCGAAAGGUCCCACCAAGAAAGAAGAAAAGAAGUCGAUGGUGAAAGAACAGACUUCACUUGAUUCACAUUCAAAGCAAACUAAGUUGGAAUUCAUUUCUAAAGAAGAAGCUGAGCCAGUAAAUAAAGGGGUUUUGCAUCCGACUCGAAAGAAUAAAAUUAAUAGACCAACAGAUGGACUUUCCAUUGACUGUAAUUUAGCUGCUAGGGGUUCUGAAGUUGGUGUUGCCCAAUCUGAAGCUGAGGUUCAGUAUCUUAGUAAACAAUUAGACCAACUAGAUGGACAAAGAAGGCUCUCUAAUCAAGAUUGUUUUGAUAGACGGGAAGAAGAACUCAAGUUAUUGAGAGAGAUAAAUGAGAAGCUCGAUAUGGUACAACACGAACUUAGAGGUUCAAGAUCUAAGAAAUAUCCUCCUCGAGAAGAAGCUUCACUAAAUUCUGUCAGAGAGGCAAUGCUCUUCUUUACGCUGUAGUCCAGUUGUCAGAUUGGUUCAUCAUAUCAGGAAAACCUACUUCCCAGUUGUGAAAUAGUGGUGACAGGGAAACGGCCCGUUUGGGUUGGAUUGGAAUUUUUUGUAAGUGUAACAUACUGUAAAUGAUUUACUUUGUUCAUAAUUUAUAAAUUACUACAGGAUUGUACAUCAGCACAU